UCUCCUCCAUCCAGAGCCGGUCCGACGACCCUCACCUCCCUCUCCUCCUUCUGGGCUGGGGUCUCGCCGUCUGAUCUCUCCCCUUCUCCGAUCUUCCGUCACUGCCGUGGUCAGUUGGGGGCCGCCCCGUCUGACUCCUCUCCAGCCGGCGGGCCCCCCCCCUCCUCCUCUCUCUCCCCCCCUCCUCCUCAUCCCCCCCCCCUCCGCCUCCUCUCGCUCUGGUCAGCCGGGGGCCGCCCCCGUCUGGCUCCUCCUCUCCAUCCCUCCUCCCGCCGGCCGCCGUCGGUCCCCCUCAGCCCUCGCCGCUGCUGCUCGCAGUCUCCUCGCCCUGGUCAGCGGGGCCCCCCCCAUCCAUCCAUCCAUCCCCGACUCCUGGCCUCUUGCGGCCCCCUCUCCGCCACGAUGUUCAGCUUUCUGGGAGGAAGGCGCCUCCGGAGGCCCCCCCGGUUGGGGUUCUCGGCGAACCCCCCGGUUUCGUCUGCGCCUCCUCCGCCGCCCCCCGGGCUGGAGGGCGUGGCCAGGGAGGAGCCGAGGCGGGGCGAGAGUCCGCAGCCCGGGCCUGGCAAGAUGGCGGCGGCGGCAGUUGCAUUGGGGGCGGAGGAGCCCGAGCUGUGCCUGGAGCUGCUGCCCACCGACCCCCUGCUGCUCAUCUUCUCCUUCCUGGACUAUCGGGACCUCGUCAGCUGCAGUUGUGUCAGCCGACGAUUAAACCAGCUAUCAAACCAUGAUCCUCUCUGGAGAAGACAUUGCAAAAAAUAUUGGCUUUUGUCAGAGGCAGAAAAAACGCAGAAGAACAAAAGUUGGAAAACUCUCUUCAAAGACACUUACAUUGAUUUGGGAAGAUAUAUUCAACAUUAUGCUACUCUUAAAAAAGCCUGGGAUGAUCUGGAGAGAUACUUGGGACAGAGGUGUCCAAGGAUGAUUGGAUCUCUGAAAGACAGUGUGGAGGAGCGUGAGCUGGAUGCUGUGGAAGCACAGAUUGGGUGCAAACUUCCCAAUGACUAUCGAUGCUCCUUUCGGAUCCACAAUGGGCAGAAGCUGGUGGUUCCUGGGUUGAUGGGAAGCAUGGCCCUCUCCAAUCACUACCGCUCUGAGGAUUUGCUGGACAUCGACACAGCCGCUGGAGGAUUCCAGCAGAGGCAGGGCCUGAAGCAGUGCCUACCUCUCACUUUUUGCAUACAUACUGGGUUGAGUCAAUAUAUGGCAUUGGAAAGUGUAGAAGGCCGCAUCAAAUAUGAGAUCUUCUAUCAGUGUCCAGACCAGAUGGCUCGGAAUCCAUCGGCAAUCGAUAUGUUUAUUACAGGUGAUUCUUAUACAGAAUGGUUCACCUCUUACGUGCACAAUGUUGUGACAGGGGGCUACCCUAUCAUCCGAGACCAGAUUUUCAGGUAUGUUCACGAUAAGGGAUGUGUGGCAACAACUGGAGACAUCACAGUGUCAGUGUCCACAUCAUUUCUCCCAGAGCUUAGUUCUGUACACCCACCUCACUACUUCUUCACUUACCGAAUCAGGAUUGAGAUGUCUAAAGAUGCCCUUCCUGAGAAGACUUGUCAGUUAGACAGUAGAUAUUGGAGAAUCACCAACGCCAAAGGUGAAAUCGAAGAGGUUCAGGGGCCCGGAGUGGUGGGAGAGUUCCCCAUCCUUAGCCCUGGCCGAGUGUAUGAGUACACAGCUGUACCACCUUCCUCCACCACAUCAGGCUACAUGGAAGGACAUUACACCUUUCACCUCCUUUACUACAAGGACAGGAUAUUCAACGUAGCCAUUCCUAGGUUCCAUAUGGUGUGUCACUUCAAGGUCUCCACCACCCCAAGGGAAACCAGCCACGAUGAAUGUUCUGUGAUCGAGGAAGAUGAAGAAGAAGAUUCCACAGAUUCUGAUGACUACGAUGGGCCCAGACUCGUCAGCUAUUCUCCAGCCCCAAGCCACUGUCCUCGGCACACCUGAACGCUGAGGUGUUUCUGAAGAGUGUAAAUAAAUAUAACAGGCUGUUCAGUCAUAUCUGUCUCCCGGGCAGUGAAGCCAGCAGUGGGCUAAGCUGUGGUUUCUACCAGACAUUUAUCUUAGAAGUUAGUUUGGGGUUUUGGGGUUUUUGUUUUUUUGGUUUUUUUGGGGGGGGGUUGUGUUUUCUGUAAGACAGGAGGGGAAAUGAAAGGCUUCUUUUUUUUUUCCUUUUGUCAAAUGGGAAAUUUUUCUCAAGCUGCGGGGCUGGCAUUACUACCUUGUUUAAAGUAUUUCAUAUUUGUAAUAUUUACAGAAGCUGGGUGUGUGUGGGGGGGGGGGGGG